GAGAGGAGCCACCGGAUCGAGCUGAUCCCCAGUUCCGGCCGGUCUUGCUGAGCGCGCCUUCUCAAGGGCUGCAGCACCUCGUUCGCUGCGGCCAUCUCUUUCUGAAGGUGAUCGACUCGCGUAGCGAAAAGAUGAUCCAGGUCCAGUUCGAGGGCAACGUGGCCCUCCCGCAGCACAUCUUGGAAGUGAGCCCGAUCUCGACUUGGCGUGUUCGAUUGGCUGCGGACAGUCUGGUGAUUGCUGGAGCGUUGGAUUCUGACAGCACGGGGCACUCAAGCCGUUGCAACUGA